AGCACCGAGCGUCGUGAACGCGGAAGCGCAUUCUUGGCAGGAUCUAAGAGCGCCUGGUAUGCAACUGUUUAUUGGAUGCGCACAGAGAUCUCUUGAAAGUUUUUUUUAUAUUAUUAAUAAGCUAUUGAUUUAAUGCAAUUAUAUGGUGAAGAACUUUAUAUAUGUGUAUAGACCAUUUUGAAAAACCUCGACUUCAAGCUGUGGCAUUGAAAAAUCGUUCUGAUAUCUAUCUGAGGGGCUCGGGGAUAUGCAGGCACAUGCUUGUGAACAUCCAUCAGUGUAUUUACCACGCUCAGCACCAUCAGUCCAUUUCAACGAUAAAAACUUUUUAACUUCUACUAAAGCUCAAGGCAAUCUUCUGCUUUAACUUACUCAUAAAUCAGUUGGCUUAAUUGGCGGUGCUAUUUAAGCGCGCAUCCCAUGUCAUGAGCGGGUUAAAGUUCCUUGCUCCAUUCUUCAGUGUCGGAGGGAAUUAAAGAUUACUCUUCAAGAAGUAGUGGUCGAGGCGGCGAGGAUCUGAAACUAUCGGAACGACCCGUACAGUCAGUUAUUGGAGGUUUAUUGAAAUAGUUUUCAUUACUGGUAUAUUUACCGAGUACUGGGCCACCAUCGAUCAUCCGAGGUACGGAAUUCAAAUAAAGUAGUUGUCACAAUUACAAUAAAUGGUUAAUUGGAAUUGAAAAUGAAAGGUUCUACUGAUGUCUGAACAGCGUUACACUCGGAGCAUGCGGAGAUUAGGGUCCCAGGAAGUGGCUUGUGUAUAGUUUGAGUUUAGUGUAUCGACGAGAUUUUUGGUGUGGCCCCGCAGUGGGAAGUAUGGCGGGAACCAGCGAUGAGAACGAGCGAAGACUGUCAGCGGACGAAGAGGAAGAGAAAGAAGUGGGAGAGGAGGAGGAUGACAACUCAGACGACAUUGUCGAUGACGUCGAAUCAGUGAAAUUCAACAAUGGUGGGAGAUAUUCUAUUGGCGGGGAAGCCGAAAUAAUUCUGGUGGGUGAUCAUGAUGAAAAGACGAACAAUGAAGAAAAAACUGAGAGACGUCGUCGCCCCUCUUGUCAUUGUUGUCUGUUUUGCUAUAACUGUUGCAGAUGUAAGAAAGGAAAAGAUGGUAACGAUAAAAGUAAAAAGUCGAAGAAUGACAAGAAAGUUAAAAAACAGCCUUCACAAGUCCGAAAUAUGUCUAAAAGCCAGCGGCGGAAGGAAUUGUGCUGGAUGUGUUGCAAGAAGUUCACGGCUUUCCUCUUCUCCCACAUCGGACUCUGUGGACUUGUGAUCGCCUAUUCCAUUAUGGGUGGCUUCAUUUUCAUGUCUCUGGAAUCAAGUCAGGAAAUGCUGGAACGAAAGAGUGUGGAUCUCUCUCGAAAACUGCAGCUGGAAAGAAUGUGGAACAUUACCGUGGACACUCUAAUUCUUGGAAAGCAAAACUGGACUUACGAAAUGGAGCGGGUUUUGAAAGAGUUCCAGACAGAGAUUUAUGAGGCGACCAAACUGAGGGGUUGGGACGGGCAAAGCGACACUGCUGAGGCUCAGUGGUCAUUCCCCAAUUCCCUUCUGUAUUCCAUCACCGUCAUUACCACAAUAGGAUAUGGUCACAUCGCCCCGAAGACCGACCAAGGAAAAUUUGUAACGAUAGUCUACGCUCUGGUGGGAAUUCCAAUAACACUGCUGUGUCUGACAAAUCUCGGGGGUUUUCUCGGAGACUGUUUCCGGUGGUUUUACAAACACGUCUGCCUGUUGACGAUAUGGCUGUGUUGUCCGUCACAGGCAAAAUGGACGUCGGAAAGAAAGCGCAUGAGCCGAACUUUGACCAAAGGUUCUCACCUUCCCCAAACACUACCAAAAAAGGGAAAAAAUGACGAGAGUUUGGAGAAAGGAGAGCUGACAGGAAGCCAUGAGGACAUAACAAUGGCUAUGAACGCCAAACUUCCCAAAGAACAAGUGCGUGUUCCGAUUUUUGUCAGUUUAAUGCUGAUCGCACUGUAUAUUUUCGGAGGCGCCAUUUUGUUCUCGGAAUGGGAGAAUUGGCCAUGGUUGGAUGGCGCCUAUUUCUGCUUUAUUACACUCAGUACGAUUGGGUUCGGAGAUCUGGUUCCCGGAAUGAGGUCCGAUUCCGUGGCAAAUCAAGAAAAACUUAUCCUAUGCUCAUUUUACUUGAUCUUUGGACUUGCUAUAAUCGCCAUGUGUUUUGACUUGAUGCAGGAGGAGGUACGAGCCAAAUUCAGGUGGUUAGGUCAAAAACUUGGUCUGAUCGAAUCCAAAAAGUAAUUCCAAAUAUACACGAACAUGUACUUGAAUUUUAUAGAUAUUAGUUCAUCAAAUAUCGAUUUGUCGUUUUACUAUCACUGUGUCUGACAAUAAUCAUCAACACUUUAGAAAUAAGAUAUUUUUUUUCGACUGUGCACAUUAUUUAAUGAAUGUUAUUGUCACUGGCACUUGGUAUAUCUCAGAAAAGAAGAGAGGUCAUGAACUUUUACAAUCAUUUCUAUGAUAUUGUAAUAUCACUGCACAAUUACCACUACAUAUAUUUAUUUAUCAUAAUAGUUGUACCUAUUGCCUCACUGAUAAAAAAGAUCACAUGUUUUAUCCAAUGUUCAAUAAAUUCCAACAUAGA